GUGCAGGAGUCGAUGCGCAUGCUGCCGGUGCUGGCGGACGGCACAAACCGCACGACAGUGAGGGACACGUGGCUGGGGCGCCACCUGAUCCCCCGGGGCACCAUGGUGUGGGCGCGUGCGAAGCGGUUUCUGCCUUUCAGUGCUGGCACUCGCGACUGCGUUGGGCAGAGCCUGGCGCGCAUGAACUACACCACCACCGUUGCUAUGCUCCUCGCCCACUUCAAAUUCCAGCUCACGCCCGAGGUG